GAGACUGGUGAGAGCAGCAGGAGAGGAACAGUCAGGCGGCGCGGGCCCGUGGCCUGGCGGGGAGCCGCAGCCUGGCGAGGGGGCGAGAGGCUCGUGGCCGUUCCUCGGCGCCAGGGCUCCGCUGCGUUUGCUCGCCGACAUCGUGUCCUGUUGUCCUGGGAGUCGGAGCCAGCGUUGCUUCGGUUUUCCUCAGACCAGUUAGGAAUCUGAAGUAAACAAGAGAGUAUGAUGUCUUCAGCGUGGUCUGAAUAUACCAUUGGUGGGGUGAAGAUUAGCUUUCCUUGUAAAGCUUAUCCAUCCCAGCUUGCUAUGAUGAAUUCUAUAGUAAAUGGAUUGAAAACAUUUGCUGGGUUCAUUGAAGAACAGCUAACCUUUGGAAAAGUAUUACUGAUCCCUGCUAAACUGUCUGUGUCCAUGAUUGUCAGAGGAUUAAACAGUAAGCAACAUUGUUUGUUGGAAAGCCCUACAGGAAGUGGGAAAAGCUUAGCCUUACUUUGUUCUGCUUUAGCAUGGCAACAAUCUCUUAGUGGAAAGCCAAUGGAUGAAAGCUUAAGUAAAAAAGCUGAAGUAUCAUUGUCAUGUUGUUGUACAUGCCAUUCAAAGAAUUUUACAAACGAUGACAUGAACCAAGGAACUUCACGUCAUUUCAAUAGUCCAAGUACACCACCUUCUGAAAGAAAUGGCACUUCAUCACCUUGUCAAGACUCGCCUGAAAAAACUACGCUGGCUGCAAAAUUAUCUGCCAAGAAACAGGCAUUCCUAUACAGAGAUGAAAAUGAUGAUUUUCAAGUAGAGAAGAAAAGAAUUCGAUCCUUAGAAACUACACAGCAGAUUAGAAAACGGCAUUGUUUUGAAAAGGAAGUACACCAUUUUGAUACAAAAGUUGCUUCAGGAAAGACCACAAAACUCAACUCUCCAUUAAGAAAGAUAAACUCCUUUUCUCCACAAAAUCCCUCUGGUCACUGUGCUAGGUGCUGUUGUUCUACUAAACAAGGAAACAGUCAAGAGUCUUCAAAUGCCACUAAGAAGGAUCAUGGGGGGAAAUCCAAGAUACCAAAAAUAUAUUUUGGGACACGUACACACAAGCAGAUUGCUCAAAUUACUAGAGAGCUCCGGAGGACAGCGUACUCAAGGGUCCCGAUGACUAUUCUUUCCAGCAGGGAUCAUACUUGUGUCCAUCCUGAAGUAGUAGGUAACUUCAACAGAAAUGAAAAGUGCAUGGAAUUGCUGGAUGGAAAAAAUGGCAAAUCCUGCUAUUUUUAUCAUGGUGUUCAUAAAAUUAGUGGUCAACACACAUUCCAGACUCUCCAAGGGAUGUGCAAGGCCUGGGACAUAGAAGAACUCGUUAGCUUGGGGAAAAAAUUAAAGGCAUGUCCAUAUUACACAGCACGAGAACUAAUAGAAGACGCUGAUAUAAUAUUUUGUCCCUACAACUAUCUUCUAGAUGCACAAAUAAGGGAAAGUAUGGAUAUCAAUCUGAAAGAACAGGUUGUCAUUUUAGAUGAAGCUCAUAACAUUGAGGACUGUGCUCGGGAAUCAGCAAGUUAUAGUAUAACGGAAGUCCAGCUUCGGUUUGCUCGAGAUGAACUAGAUAGCAUGGUCAACAAUAACAUAAGGAAGAAAGACCAUGAACCCUUACAAGCUGUGUGCUGCAGUCUCAUUAAUUGGUUAGAAGCAAACUCUGAACAUCUUGUGGAACGGGAUUAUGAAUCAUCCUGUAAAAUAUGGAGUGGAAGGGAAAUGCUCUUAAAUUUCCACAAAAUGGGCAUCACCACUGCUACUUUUCCCAUUUUGCAGGGACAUUUUUCUGCUGUCCUUCAAAAAGAAGAAAAAAUGUUACUGGUUCAUGGUAAAGAGGAGACAAGAGAAGUACCUGUUAUUAGUGCUUCAACUCAAAUAAUGCUCAAAGGACUUUUUAUGGUGCUUGACUAUCUUUUUAGGCAAAAUAGCAGGUUUGCAGAUGAUUAUAAAGUUGCUAUUCAACAGACUUAUUCUUGGAUAAAUCAGAGUGAUAUUUCUGAUAAAAAUGGGUUCUUUGUUCCACCAAAAAAUAAGAAACGUUCACGACAGAAAACUGCAGUUCAUGUGCUAAACUUUUGGUGCUUAAAUCCAGCUGUGGCCUUUUCAGAUAUUAAUGGCAAAGUGUGGACGAUUGUUUUGACAUCUGGGACGUUAUCACCAAUGAAAUCCUUUUCAUCAGAACUGGGUGUUACAUUUACUAUCCAACUGGAAGCUAAUCAUGUCAUUAAUAACUCACAGGUUUGGGUUGGCACCAUUGGGUCAGGACCCAAGGGUCGGAAUCUCUGUGCUACCUUCCAGCACACAGAAACAUUUGAGUUCCAGGAUGAAGUGGGAGCACUUUUGUUAUCUGUGUGCCAAAUUGUUGGCCAAGGAAUUUUGUGUUUCUUGCCAUCUUACAAGUUAUUAGAAAAGUUAAAAGAACGUUGGCUCUCUACUGGUUUAUGGCGUAAUCUGGAGUUGGUGAAGACCGUCAUUGUAGAACCACAGGGAGGAGAAAAAACUGAUUUUGAUGAGUUACUACAAGUGUACUAUGAUGCGAUCAAGUGCAAAGGAGAGAAAGAUGGAGCCCUCCUGGUAGCAGUUUGUCGUGGUAAAGUGAGUGAGGGUCUGGAUUUCUCAGAUGACAAUGCCCGUGCUGUCAUAACAAUCGGAAUUCCUUUUCCAAAUGUGAAAGAUCUUCAGGUUGAACUAAAGCGCCAGUAUAAUGACCAGCAUUCAAAAUUGAGAGGUCUUUUACCUGGUCGUCAGUGGUAUGAAAUUCAAGCAUACAGGGCCUUAAAUCAGGCCCUAGGUAGAUGUAUUCGACACAAAAAUGAUUGGGGAGCUCUUAUUUUAGUGGAUGACCGCUUCAGGAGUAACCCAAGUCGAUAUAUAUCUGGGCUUUCUAAAUGGGUACGGCAGCAGAUUCAGCACCAUUCAACCUUUGAAAGUGCCCUGGAAUCUUUGGCUGAAUUUUCUAAAAAGCACCAAAAGUUCAUUGAUGUAUCCAAAGAGGACAGAAAGUCCAUACAGGACAGUCAGUCUACACUUGAAGUGGCUUGUUUGAAGGACAAUACCUCACCUUACUUUUUAGAAGCAGCAAAUCAUCUAUUACCAGAAAAUCCUAGGGAAGAUGAUCCAGAAUUAUUGGAAGAGUCUGGCCAGGCAAUGGAAGCAGAAAACAUUGGGAUUUCCAGAUCCACAAGCCCAACCUUCAGCAAACAAACAAAUAGAGUUAGCUGGUCUAGUUCUAAUUCUUUGGGACAGUGUUUUUCUAGUAAAAUUCUGACUACAGCACCUAAGUUUAGGUCAUCAGAGGACUGUGCCUCUAGUUCUUUCACUUUCAAAACAGAAAAGGAUUGUGAAACUGUUUUGCCACUCACUGAUAAAUUUGAGUCCUCAUCUCUAAGAGUAAACACAUCAUUUGAACCAUGCCCUCAGUCAGAAACUGUUAUUCCAUCAAUAAAGAUUGAGGCUGCUCUUUUUAAAAAAGAUCAUUCUGAACAGCUACUCUGCUAUAAAGAAGCUCUGGAUCCAGACCUUGAAUUAUCUCUAGUGAGUGAAGAAGAUAAACUUUCUACUUCAAAUGGAGCUUUUGAAACAGAAGCAGAAGAUGAAUCUAUCUAUUUUACGCCUGAACUUUAUGAUCCUGUAGCUACAAAUGAAGAAAAAAAUGAACUAGUUGAAACUGAUAGAGACAAUAGAUUGACCAAUAAUUCAAAUUGUAUUUUAGCUGAAGAUCUUUUUGAAACUAGGACUACAAAAGAAGUAGAUUCAGUCAGGAAAAUGAAAGUUGAGGAUUGCCCAGACACAAAGUUAAAUAGACUCAUGCAUAUUGAAGAAAGUAAAGUUGAUGAUAUUGGUAAUAAUAUAAAAACAACUCAUAUAAAUGAAUUGGAAGUGGGGAAAACUCAUGAAAUGGAUAUAAAGGACUUUAAACAGUCUCCUCCCCAAAAUAAAGGUGUGUUCCCUGGUAUUAGAUAAUAAUACUUAACUGUAUUAUUGUACUUAUAUUAAACUCUUAUUAUAAAUGAUAACUUAUACAUUAGCAAAGUAUAAUUUUUUAAAAUUUGAGAUAUAUUUUUUACUUUAAUUGCAUUAGAGUUUUAAAAGUAUAGUAAGUUCUGAAAUAUAAGUUUUACUAUUCUUGAGUUUUGAUAAAGAGAUUCAUUCAAAAUAUUUUCUUUUAACAGUCUUCCUUAGCUAAGUGCAAUUCAAAAUUAAUCAGUCUAAAAGAUAAUAGUUGUCUAGGGCAUUUUAAAUUUUACAUAAACAUUUAUAUAUUGUACUUUUCUUCAUCCAUUUGUUUUCAUCCAAUACAUAAAAAUUAACAACAGUGUAAAUCAGUAAUGUUUUAUUAUAGAUUUUACCUCAAUUAGUCUGACAUUUCUUUUAGAAAUCAAAGUUUUCUUAAAAAUUUUAUUCCUGUAUUAAACUGUCUAAUAAUAAUUAAGAAUUAAGGAAGAAAACUGCAUGCAUUUUAAAUUGACGUCUUGCAUUUGUUUGUUUGAUAAACUAAAAUUAAGCAUGUUUUAAGCAAACUUAUGUAAAGUUAUAAAAUGUGAAAUGAAGGACUCCGAAUUUUCAAUUCUGAUUAUCUAGCUUCAUUAUCAUUGGGAGGAAAAGUGACAUGUUUUAGCAUAAAGGCUUUAAUUUUGCAACUAUUAAGAUAAAAAACUUCAUAUGUAAAUUUGAUAAGUAAAUGUAAACAUGUAACUGUAGCUUAAAAAUGUUCCCUUACAGCUCAGUAAGUCUUUCGAUAAGUUUUGACUAGGUUUUGUGAAUGGAGCUAUACUUCUUAUCAAAAGUGGUUAUAAAAGAAGCUCUCCUCUGACAUCAUUCCAAAAUUACAUUCACUGAUCCUUUUCUAAGAAAUAUCUAUUAUUUUAUGGACAUUUAGGCUUCUUGUGAGUGAUUUGAAUUGAAAUUUUACGAGCUGUUGAAGUUGUGGAAGUGGUUUAUUAUUUUCAAGUCAGAAUUCCCAGCAAUCAAGUUUAUUUUACAUUUAUGUGGAUGAUAAAUGUAAAAUUACAUAUGCAUGUGUUUACUUUUAUUUUGAUGGUAUUUAGAUUGAAUACAGCUUAACUGUUUUAUAGCUUUGGAUGCCAUUACUCUUAAGCAUAGUUCAAAUUGAUAAUUUACCAGUUAAAGCAUUCAUCUAGAAAUUGGGAUGUACUAUAUCCCACCUCGUAUCACAUAUUUUUUUAGUUGAUCAAUGAGUAAUAAGUUACAAAGCAUUAGAUUAGAAGGUAAUUUCUAAAUUGUUUUCAAAGGGUAUAACCAUUUCUCCUCUCUGGUAUAUUUUUAAAUUUGUCGGUAAGGGUAGUGGAGUAGUAGAAAGAAUACCAGGUGGAGGAAGAAAAUAGAUUUGGGCUCUAUUCCUGGCUCUGCCACUAAAUAGCUUAGUCAUGUUGUCAAUUACUGUGCCUUUUAGGGAAUGUUUUAAUUGUGAAAUGCAGGAUUUAGUACUAUAAAAUCAUGUAUAUCUCAGCUUUAAAAAUCUAUAAAGGAAUAUGUUAUUUUACUCUGAAUUACUUUUCAAUUGCUUUUGUUCUAAAAUGAGUAAAGUUAAGCAAACCAUUUUAUAGAAUAGAUGAAAUGAUAGUAAUCUACCUUUAAGGGACUAAUUUUAUGAAUAUGUACAUAAUAAUUUGAGAAGCAAGAUAUUUAUUUUAAUAAUUCUGUGCUUAAAACACCUUUAGAAAAAUUGGUAAACUACAUGAGAAAAACCAAGCACAUUAUAUUUUAUUCAUAUCGUAGUGUUAUUAUCCAAGUUGAUCUCAAAUACCAUCUCCUUUCCCUAAUAUUUAUUCCUUCCAAACUGUCUAAAACUAAAACAUUCUCUUAUUUGGAAUGUAUGUAGAGAUGUGCCACAGCUUUUAGUAAUUCCAAGAGGUGUUUUAAACAUUUUGUAUAAUGUCAGUUUUGAAUCAGGUAUAUAUCUAUAUUGUGUCCUUAGUUUAUAAUUUUGACUGAGUGGAUAUUGCAAAAGUACUAACCUAUAUAAUACAGUAGGUUGUAGAACAGUUUCAUUAGUGAUUACAUGCUUUUUAAAGAUAUUUUAGAGAGUAGAAUACAUUAAAAUAUAUACAAGCAUUUUAAAGAGUACCUGGCAGAUGGAAAACUAUCAGUUAUUAGUUAGUAAAUCAGUCAUAUCUGGAGUGCAUCCUUACUUUAUAUGAAACUUCCUAAUGAUGAUGAAGAUGAUAGAUAGAUAGAUAAAUAAAUAGAUAAACCAACAAUAAAGAAUCAUUGUAUGUGAUGGCCAGAGGGAAGAGGGGACAGGAGCUGGUGGAGGUGGGCAAGGGGUGGGAGAAUGGGGAUAUCUGUAAUACUGUCAAUAAUAAAAAGAAAGUUAAAAAAUAAAAAAUAAAAAAUAAUGAAGAAUUGUUAUAUGGUUAGAAGGAAAAUUAUUUGGUUUAUUCUUUAGGACUUUUGAGAUAUUUAAGAUAGAAAUUGCUUAUCAGGUAAUUUGCUUUACCCAUUUGAUGCAUAUGAAGUAAUUAUCUAAUACUGAAUUUAUUCAAGGGCUGAAAGUUUAUAGAACAUACAAGCCACGAACCAGGAAAACUACCAGUUGGAGAAAGGGCUUUAUUCAUGGAAGAAAGGUACAAUGUAAAGAGUAGAUGGUACCUGUCUUGACUAUUGAAAUUUAGAUGAAUCAUUUAAAACUUGUAAUAGCUAUGUUGGAAAUUAAUGACAACUCUUACUCUGCUACUGCUAUGCAUUUAAUUAUUACAUGGUUUUAAAUUUAGCACUGUUCCAAAGUUCACACAAGGCUUUCUUUUUAGUCUUCCUUAUGAUCUUUAAGACAUUAAUUUUUUUAAAAGGCUUUCCUAUAUUAUUUUUCUGCAAUAGACUAUGUCAUGUUAUUUUCCUAUGGUAAAACACAUUCAAAAUAUUUCAUUCUUUAGGAUUGCUUAUAAAAUUUUACAAAAUCAAAGUGCCUGAUAUAAAAUUACUUGAAAGACUGGUUAUUGUACUCGUUUAAUCUCAGUGAUGUCAUUUUUUUUGGAUAUAUGAUUACCUAAAAAUUACUUUUGCUUGUGCCCUUUUUAAUAUUUAUUAAUGAGCUAGACAAGAUUUUACUUUAACCUUUAUGAAUUCUUGUAGUUUUCAGUCUUUUGUAAAUAGAAAGUUAUUAAUACUGAAAAUUUUAUUAACAAAAAGUAAACUUAAGACUGUAUCAGACAAUGAAUGUCUAAGGAAGCUAAAACCAUAACAUGAAGUAUCUGCAGCUGUUAAAUAUACAAUAAAGAACAUCACUUUAGGGAACGGAAAUUUAGACGGAUGACCUAGGCUUAUUAAUUCUCUAGCUUUAAACGAUUUUCAUGCCUACCAAAAAAAAGAAA